CUAACAAACUACGGAUCGUCUCCCUAAUUUCCUGGUGAUGAGCAAACGUAAGGGGUAUGGCGCAGUCGUCCUCAAAGAUCUCCACACAGAAGUUUCUGUUUGCUUGCAGGAUUUUUGAUUUGGUAUAUAUUGAAAUGAAUUAAAUUUUCAGAAGAUCGAGAUGAGUAGCUCAGGAUGGACACUGAAGGAUCACCCGAAGCUGCCGAAGGGGAAGCCCCUGGCGGUGGUGGUUCUGGACGGGUGGGGUGAGGCCAAUCCCAAUCAGUACAAUUGCAUCCAUGUGGCCGAGACGCCUACACUGGAUUCGCUCAAAAAGGGAAAGCCUGAUAAGUGGAGGCUAAUAAAGGCUCAUGGUAAGGCAGUGGGAUUGCCCACAGACGACGACAUGGGCAAUAGUGAGGUCGGCCACAAUGCCCUAGGCGCUGGGAGGAUCUUUUCUCAAGGUGCUAAGCUUGUCGAUAUUGCUCUUGAUACUGGCAAAAUCUUCGAUGGAGAAGGCUUUAAGUACAUCAAACAGUCUUUCGAAAACGGAACGCUUCACCUUAUCGGAUUGUUGAGUGAUGGCGGCGUCCACUCAAGGCUAGAUCAGUUGCAGUUGUUGCUCAAAGGGGUCGGUGAGCGUGGCGCCAAGCGAAUUCGUGUCCAUGUUCUAACGGAUGGGCGCGAUGUCCUCGAUGGGACAAGUGUAAAUUUUCUUGAAACCCUUCAAAAGGAUCUGUCGAAGCUAAAUGAGAAAGGUAUCGAUGCCAAGGUUGCCUCCGGUGGAGGCCGAAUGUACGUUACAAUGGACAGAUAUGAGAACGAUUGGAAUGUCAUAAAACGAGGAUGGGAUGCACAAGUGCUGGGAGAAGCACCCCACAAGUUCAAGUGUCCCAUUGAAGCUGUCAAGAAGUUGAGAGAAACUCCCAACACCAACGAUCAAUACUUACCUCCCUUUGUAAUAGUGGACGACAGCGGCAAGGCAGUAGGCCCUAUUGUUGAUGGCGAUGCUGUCGUAACUUUCAACUUCCGGGCUGAUCGAAUGGUUAUGAUCGCCAAGGCCCUAGAGUAUGAAAAGUUCGACAAAUUUGAUCGCGUCAGGUUCCCUAAAAUCCGUUACGCAGGAAUGCUACAGUACGACGGCGAACUCAAACUUCCAAAUCAGUACCUUGUCUCCCCUCCAGAGAUCGACAGAACAUAUGGAGAGUAUCUCGUGAAUAACGGUGUUCGGACAUUUGCUUGUAGUGAGACAGUUAAAUUCGGUCAUGUUACAUUCUUUUGGAACGGGAACCGCUCCGGAUAUUUCAACCCGAAGUUGGAAGAAUACGUCGAGAUUCCGAGUGACUCAGGCAUUAGCUUCGAUGUCCAGCCAAAGAUGAAAGCCCUGGAGAUUGCUCAGAAAGCAAAGGAGGCCAUACUAAGCCGCAAAUUCGAUGAGGUGCGUGUCAACAUUCCUAAUGGCGACAUGGUAGGGCACACGGGCAAUAUGAAAGCGACCAUCGUGGCUUGUAAGACCACUGAUGACGCCGUCAAGAUAAUCCUUGAUGCUGUCGAGCAAGUUGGAGGGAUUUUCCUUCUUACAGCCGAUCAUGGGAAUGCUGAGGACAUGGUGAAGAGGGACAAGAAAGGCGAGCCCAUUUUCGACAAGAAUGGCAACGUUCAGAUACUCACUUCCCACACACUUCAACCUGUUCCUGUCGCAAUCGGUGGCCCCGGGCUAGCCCCCGGUGUGAAGUUCCGCCAGGAUCUUGCUGAGCCGGGACUUGCAAAUGUUGCUGCAACUGUGAUCAACCUACAUGGAUUCGAAGCUCCCAGUGACUACGAGCCUACCCUCAUCGAUGUAGCUUAAACGGAACGUUCGGAAAUUUUUGCAGCAGAGGAAGCUUUCGAGGGAGCAUACGAAUACGAACACAGUAAUUUAGAAUAAAUUCUGCAAUUCUUGUUCCAUGAUCUUCGAGGAUAAGAAUAAAUCAUCACUUGGUUUUAGAUCAAAUUUUACUUUUGUGGUCAGUUGUUUAUUGGAUCAUUAAAUGAAAUUGUUAUUGUUGUUGUGCAGAAAACCAGAUUGAAAAACAAUAACUUGGGAUGAGUUAUCAUA